AUGGAGGAAGAGGAGGCGGAAACAGAGCGAGGGACCCCUGUGGAGACCCCCCACAGCAGUGAGAGCGAUAGCGACAGUGUCAAUGAAGAGACGUGCCUGGAGGCCAUGACGGCCGAUGGCCAGGAUCACUACCUGAGGCUGGGCCAGACCCCGCGACGUCGCUCGGCCCUCCGCCUCUCACGCAUCAUUGCUCGAAAACAGCUGCUUCGGAGGCUGGAGCAAGAGCUGGAGGCCAAGGAGGCGUGCGAUUGGCUGAGAGCUGCUGGAUUCCCUCAAUAUGCACAGCUCUAUGAAGAAUCUCAGUUUCCCAUCGAUAUUUCCUCGGUGAAAAGGGACCAUGACUUCUUGGAUGGAGACCUGGUGGAACCUUUGUCCAGGCGUCUCAACACAUUGAACAAGUGUGCCUCCAUGAAAUUAGACGUCGGCCACCCCAAAAAGAAAGGUGAUGACUCCGAUGAAGAUGACCCAAUGGCCAUCAGCAAGCGUUGGACAUUCGAAUGGAGUAGCCGGCGCUGGUCCCGCCUUCAGGACUUCCUGUCAGACGGCGCCCCCCAUGGGAGAGCCGAGAUCCUGUGUAGCGCGGCGAGCAGCGAGAGCGCUCUGAGUGAGCUGAGCGAGCAAGAACUGGUGGAGAUCUCCUCACUGCACAGUGAGGACUCUGCUUCCACGUCGGCAGACAUCAUGUCAGUGGCGUCCCUGUCGGCUUCCUACCGUUCGCCGCCCCACGACCUCCCACACUACAAUUCCUUGCCAGUCAAGGGUGGCCGCCACAGAGGCCGCAGCAAAGCAAAGGAGUUCCUGCGGCGUAUGGAGCUGAUGCGGACUUGGGGGCCUUCCACCAUGCGCAAAAGCUCAAAGCGCAGACCCCCAAUGGUCAUCAGCGGACCCGUGCUUCAAGGGGAGGAACCCUUGGCCCUGCAGGUUCUGCAAUGUACCCCCAUCAGCCAGUUGGAGCAAAACCUGGCUAGGGAUGAGGGCGAAACGUCGUCUGUCAAGCUUGGUGACAACUGUGGGGACAACUGUAGUGACAACUGUGGUGACGACUCUGGAGAGCUCUCCAUGAUGAACGUUAGCCCUAUUCUUGAUCCGAAUCCAACGCCACCGCGAGCACGAACAGCCAGCAAGCGAAGCAGUAAGUACCUAGAGGACAUAGAGCUCCCCUUACCGGGCAAGAGGCCCGAUGGACAGAGGAAUCAGUUCUACUCGCACGAAAAUCUCCUCAUCCACAUCCCUAAAGACCACAAACCAGGCACCUUCCCGAAAGCAUUGUCAAUCGAAAGUCUAACACCUGGGAGAAACUCUGCCGACUCACCUGUCUCUCAACCGUCGCGAAGCAAGAAUCUAGACAACAUCUGGUCUGACUGUCAACUGUCCAAGUCCCCCUGCCCAAAAGCUCCAAGGGGCAGCAGAGUGAGCGUGUACGACAAUGUCCCUGGCUCCCACCUGUAUGCCAGCACCGGGGACCUCCUGGAUCUGGAGAAGGAGGACAACCUGUUCCCGCACUUGGACGACAUCAUCCAGCACGUCAGCGGCCUGCAGCAGAUCGUGGACCACUGGAGCCGCGGUGUACUGGCAGACGAUGAGGAUGUUGAAAACGUCCAGGGCAGGACCACGCCCGUCUCGCUGAAUGACACUGACUCCAUUGGGACCGGUCGUGACAGAAGGGAUUCUGGCGUUGGGGCCUCCUUGACAAGACCGCGUGUGCGCUGGCCCAGUUUCAGAACAUCUGACAAUCUCAACCAUCCCUGUUCAUCGCUGCACAUAAGCAGCCAGUCGGCCGCUCAGCUCAGUCUGCUGCACAAAUUUUCCUUGCUGCGCCUCACCGCCAUCAUGGAGAAGUACUCCAUGUCUAACAAGCACGGCUGGACCUGGUCUGUGCCCAAGUUUAUGAAGCGCAUAAAGUCUCCAGACCCUAAAGACAAGAACGUGUUUGGGGUCCCACUCAUCGUACACGUACGACGUUGUGGCUUCCCGCUACCCCUUUGCCUCCAGCAGGCCCUUGCCCACCUAACACGCCACUGUUUAGACCAGGUUGGCCUGUUCCGCAAAUCUGGUGUUAAGUCUCGCAUCCAAGCUCUGCGUCAUCAGUGCGACUCCUCGCCUGACUCUGUGGACUACGAGCAGCAGUCUGCUUACGAUGUGGCCGACAUGCUCAAGCAGUUCUUCCGGGACCUUCCGGAACCUUUGCUAAGCAACAAACUCGGAGAAACUUUCCUGCACAUUUAUCAGUAUGUACCCAAGGAGCAGCGUUUACAGGCAGUGCGGGCGGCCAUUUUGUUGAUGGCGGACGAGAAUCGCCAGGCGCUGCAGACACUCCUUUACUUUUUGCGUGAUGUGACAGCACAGGUGGAUGAAAACCAGAUGACUGCCAACAACUUGGCUGUAUGCCUGGCGCCAUCCCUCUUCCACCUCAGCCUGACCAAGAGUGAUACGCUCUCUCCACGGUCCAUCCAAAGGAAAUACGCCAGUGGCCGACCAGACCAGAAGGACCUGAAUGAGAACAUGGCUGCCACUCAAGGGCUAGCUCACAUGAUCAGCGAGUGUCACCGCCUCUUUCAGAUCCCAGACGAGAUGGUGACCCAGUCCCGCAACUCCUACUUGGAGGCUGAGAUUGUGGCGCCGCCGCUGGACGAGCUGGGUAAAGCCCACCUGCAGGACAUGGACGAGGGCGAGGAGGAAGAGGACGAUGACGAGGAGAUGGAGGAAGGAUCUUAUCACGCUCAUGUGGAGAAGCUAAUCCACAACCUUUUGAAGGAGACCAAAGACAAGAGCAAAGCAUGGAUAUGUCGACCAGCAGGAGAACUCACAGAACUGGCCUUCAAAAAGGUGGGUGACGGUAACCCUCUUCGGCGGUGGCGUGUCAGCACAGAGGUGGCCGCCACUCCCAAUGAGGUUUUGCAUCGUUUGUUACGAGAGCGUUCCCUCUGGCAAAUGGAACUACAACAGGAGAAGGUUGUGGAAACGUUGAACAAGCAAACGGAUGUAUACCGGUACACCUGUCACAAUAUGUCGCCACAGCCCCGCACGGACUACGUGAUUCUCAGGUCCUGGCGUUCGAACGACAUUAAAGGCUGGAUUGCUUUGGUGUGUGUGUCUGUGGAUCAUGACGACUGCCCGCGUACGGCAGCGGCGGUACGGGGCGUAGUCCUCGAAUCCCAUUAUCUGCUGGAGUCAUAUGGCGUGCCGACCAGAACCAGGUUGACGCACGUCUCCAGAGUCGACCUCAGGGGGCGUGCUCCGGAGUGGUACAACAAAGCAUAUGGGCACCUGUGCGCCAACGAAGCGCAGAGGAUCCGAGCUUCGUUCCUUACAGCAGAACCUGGCCAAUAG